GGUCAAAGAGGGAAGUGAGGGAGAGUCAAGGAGUUUGUGUGUGUCAGACAGGAGGGAGCGUUGACCCUCUGCUGUAUAAAUACCGAACCCAGCUGGACCCAGGAGGAAGAAGAGAGGAACAGAGGACAGCACACGCGAUGGCCAACCCCAGCACUUUCAUUGUCGACGUGGACCUGAGAAGCCAUGAAAACAACUUGGCUCACCGCACCAGGGAGAUCGAUCGGGAGCGCUUGAUUGUCCGCAGAGGGCAGCCCUUCUCCAUAACCGUGCAGUGCUCCGACUCUCUGCCCCCCAAACACCAGCUGGAGCUCAUCCUGCACCUGGGUAAAAGAGAUGAAGUGGUGGCUAAGGUUCAAAAGCAGCAGGGGGCCGGAGACAGCUGGUGGUUUAACCAGCAGGAGGCUCAGGGGGAAAUAUUGCUGACUCUGCAAAGCCCAGCAGACGCCAUCAUUGGACAGUACCGUCUGGUCGUGCUGCUGAUGUCACCGGAUGGACGCAUUGUGGAGAGAGCGGAUGAAAUCAGCUUCCAUGUGCUGUUUAACCCUUGGUGCAAAGAUGAUGUUGUGUACCUGCCUGAUGAGAGACUGCUCCAUGAAUACAUCAUGAAUGAGGACGGAGUCAUAUUCAUGGAUACCUGGGAUUACAUCAAAAGCAUUCCCUGGAGUUACGGACAGUUUGAGGACUUUGUGAUGGACAUUUGUUUUGAAGUCCUGGAUAAUUCCAAGGAGGCUCUGCACAACUCCAAGAUGGACAUUGAGAGGAGAUCUGAUCCCAUCUACGUCAGCAGGAUGGUCACCGCAAUGGUGAAUGCCAAUGGUGACAGGGGCGUGCUGAUUGGGCGCUGGAAGGGACCGUACCUUGAUGGAGUCGCACCAAAUCGAUGGACGGGCAGCGUGCCCAUCCUCAGGCAGUGGAGCAAAUCCGGCAUCAGAGCAGUCAAAUACGGCCAGUGUUGGGUGUUUGCAGGUGUCGCAUGUACAGUUCUUCGCUGUCUGGGGAUCCCAACGCGCCUCAUAACCAACUUCUGCUCAGCUCAUGAUGUGGAUGGGAAUCUUUCCUUGGACUUUGUGGUGGACUUUGAGAGCAUAGAGGAAAAAACAGACAGCAAAUGGAACUACCACUGUUGGGUCGAGUCCUGGAUGAGGAGAGACGAUCUUCCUAAAGGAAAUGAUGGCUGGCAGGUUUUGGACCCCACACCUCAAGAACUGAGUGAUGGGGAGUUUUGCUGCGGUCCGUGUCCGGUGGCGGCUAUCAAGGAGGGAAAUCUGGGAGUGAAGUACGAUGCUCCGUUUGUUUUCGCCGAGGUGAACGCUGACAUCGUUUACUGGAGGGUCCUACCAGGCGGCCGGAGGCAACAGAUCAGCAUGGACCAGAGAACCGUGGGAAGAAACAUCAGCACCAAAAGCGUUUAUGGCGACUUCAGAGAAGACAUCACUCUGCUCUACAAAUACCCUGAGGGCUCUGUGGAAGAGAGAGAGGUUUAUAAGAAGGCAAAGCGCAGGGCCACCCUGCAGCCCAAUGAGAUCGCAGAGCCGGCACAGCUCAGCCUGUCCGUCAGACAUCCUAACCCCGUGUUUGGAACAGAUUUUGAUGUGAUUGUUGAGGUGAAGAAUGAAGGAAGAGAUGAUGCUAAAGUUCAUCUGACGGUGCACGCUAUGGCUGUCACUUACAACUCUCUCCACCAGGGGGAGUGCCAGAGGCAGAUGAACAACGUGACUGUGUCGGCUCAGAACGCUCAUAAAGAAGUGGUGCGUUUCCGCUACGACGACUACGCCAAGUGUGUCUCUGACCAUCACCUGAUCAGGGUGAAAGCACUGGCUGAAGCUCAGGGGAACAGUUUGCCCAUCAUGGCUGUGGCGGACAUCCCACUGAGCUUACCUGAGCUCCACAUUCAGGUUCUUGGGAAGGCUUUUGUUUGGGAACAGCUGACGGCUUCUAUCUCCUUCACCAAUCCUCUGCCAGUCCCUCUGACUGCUGGUGUGUUCACCCUGGAGGGGGCUGGCCUGCUGUCUGACACUCGCAUCUACGUCGACGGUGUUAUUUCUCCAGGCCAGAAGGUGUCGGUGAAAAUCACCUUCACCCCGAUGAGAACCGGGGUCAGGAAGCUGCUGGUGGACUUCGACUCCGACAGGCUGAAGGACGUCAAGGGAGUCGUCUCUGUGGUUGUUAGAAAGAAAUACAGGAAUACCUUGCCUGUUUUGAGUGGAAGGUGUUAGGAAAUACGUCUAAUAUUGGGAGACCUAUAAAGUCUUUACCAUCCAACAUUUAAUGCUUAUGUAACGGGUACCGGGGUUCCGGACCCGUCAGCAGCAGAUGAAGCUGAAAAACAGCAUAUAAAUGAGCACACGGAGACGCAGUCUGUGUUACUCCAAUUUCUCUCAGCUUAUUUUAUUGAACAAACCAGCUCAUUUAACUGUCAAUACAGCUCACUUUAUAUUUCAGUAACUUACUGUAUAUUCCAUCUAAGUAGACAUAGACAUCAGCAUUAGCUUUCCUUAAACCAGAAAUAAUCCCACAUCAUAUUUUGUCACAAUUCCCUCAGGUAACCUGUACCUUCAAUUAGCUGCACUUUAUAUGCAUAUUUAAUGACACACAGUGACAUAUUUCAUGAGCAUGUAUCUUAGAGUUAUUGUAACUGGCAUAACUAUCUUAGAAUUCAAAGUGUUUUAACUAAGUGAAUACAUUAAAUCAGUUUAACUUUCCACCACUGUGUUUUAGAACACAAAUAAACCAUAGAGCCUGAUAACAGUAUUUUACACUCAUACCAUGGAAUAUAUAUAGCCUAACCACCUCUACGAGCGAUUAGUGCUAGUGGUUGCACCUACAUAUACCGCCAUUAUCUACCGUUACAGUGUGCUGACCAACUGGCACAACGGCAUGUUAGCUACUUCCUUUAACGGCUGCUGGCUCCGAAACGCAACAAAACUCUUUCAAUAUCUUUCAUACAUCGAAGCAUUUCCUUAAACGUUUCUCGAACAGUACCAAAUAAUAAAGAAAACUUUGUUAAAAUAAACUUGAAGGUUUCCCUCACCUGAAAAACAGCAUAUAAAUGAGCACGCAGUCUGUGUUACUCCAAUUUCUCUCAGCUUAUGAGAAACGGCAGCGCAACAGGCAGCUCAGUCGCCAUGCGCCACCCACUGGUGAAACACUGUUACUACACCCAUCGUCAUUAACCCCAUGAACAUUUAAAGAAAUACAUACUCCUUUUUUUUCCUAUUGUGGGCACACAUCCGUGGGCAUCACACUUACAUUUGGUUUGUAUUCUGACUGUAUCUGGAAUGGGCCACAAAAUACAUAUUCUGACUUUGAAAAUUCAA